AUGAGGCCCGCUCUGAGGAGGAUCACGGCACCGUUAUCUACGGUCAUCUUCAGCGAGGAGGUGCGUUCGGUGCUGCAGGAGGAGUCCCGCGCCGCUGGCCUCGUGCCGCCGCUGCGGGACCAGGCCUUUGAGGCCGAGUGGGCGACGGCGGAGCCCGCGCCGCCCGGCGGCGGCGAGAAAGAGGCGGCCGGUCGCCGCAGCUUCUGCCUUGCAGCCUACCCGAAGCGCUUGGUGCCGGGCGGCUCCGAGGGCGCGGUGAGCCAGGCGAAAGAAGUGGCCGAGAAGGAGCUCGCCACCGGUGAAGCCAACGUUCGCAGGUUCAUGGGCACGAGGCACCGGUUCAUCGACCCAAUGUUCCGGCGGCGGCGCCUGAAGUGGUUGGAGAGGCAGAUGACAGACAAGAACAAGGAAAAGGAGGUGAAGUUCAACAACUACUACGCGACCCACCCGGACAAAGCCAAGGAGUUCCCGACCAACAAGGGCAGCGUCACGGUGGUCUGGCCCAGCCCCUACCACUGA